UGCUGUGAUUUUCCAGCCGUCCUUCUGGAACUGGUUUAGAAAUCAUUUUGGCAGCGCCACUUAGCGCUCCAGUAUAAAUUGAGCCCCGCUGCCCAGUGCCUCACUGGCACAAGCAGGUACUGCACUUUUCCACUUAACAAAGCAUCCGGAUCACAAUGGCAACAGACCACCAGACUCCUGCAUCUAAACAGCAGCAGCCGAGCACCGUGGCAUUCAAGAUCGUCAUCUACGAACAGGAGAACUUCCAGGGCCGCUGCCAUGAGCUGACUGGACCCUGCCCCGACCUGAGGGAGUUCGGAGUGGAGAAAGUGGGCUCCAUCCUGGUGCAAUCCGGACCCUGGGUUGGCUACGAGCAGUCGAGCUGCAAGGGAGAGCAGUUUGUGUUUGAGAAGGGAGAAUAUCCUCGCUGGGACUCCUGGACCAACAGCCGUCGCAGUGACACCGUCUCCUCCUUCAGGCCAAUCAAAGUGGGCAGCCAGGAGCACAAGAUUAUCAUGUAUGAAAACCCCAGCUUCACUGGGAAGAAGAUCGAGAUCAUUGAUGACGAUGUGCCCAGCUUCCAUGCCCACGGAUACCAGGAGAAAGUCUCCUCCGUGAGGGUGCAGAGCGGAACAUGGGUGGGGUAUCAGUACCCUGGAUACAGAGGGUACCAGUACCUGCUUGAGAAAGGGGACUACAAGGACAGCUUGGAGUUCGGCGCCCAGCACCCCCAGAUCCAGUCUGUGAGGCGCAUUCGGGACAUGCAGUGGCACCAGAGGGGGGCUUUCCACCCCACCAACUGAGCCCCCGGAGCCCCGGGACCCCUCACCUCGUUGAAGACGAGACGGACCCCCUCCUCUCCAGUGACCUGCUGGCUCAUACACCCGCCACCCAUGUUGAUUAAGAUUGCCAGUGUUUACUUACCAACUGCUACAGCAAACCAAUAAAGCUUUGUGCUUCAAAUUGAAA